GAAACUGGGUGUUGCCGCCUCUGAGACUCGCGCAUCUCUGAGUAACAGCAGCAGCAGGGCGAGGAACACAACACUCCAUCCUUCUCUCUGGGAAAAAAACAACCACUGCCGUUUCUUAAAUAAUUGACGCCGUACAAAACCUCCUGCAUUUUUAAACACAAUCAAAGCCGAGUCCUUGUGGAGAUAUACUGCACGGUGUCACCGGGAGAGAAGAAAGCGGACGGAGAGCUUCAGCACCUCGGACAGCGAACAUGGCUCCAAUGGUGGAGGAAGGGGCUCAGCUCGUGGCAGUGCCAGUAGGUGUUGCUGUGGUGAGUGUCUUCGGCCUUGUCUUCACUGUGUCAGCCUUUGCAUGGAUCUGUUGCCAGCGUAAAAACACCAAAUCCCAGAAGACACCUCCCUAUAAGUUUGUGCACAUGCUCAAAGGGGUCGACAUCUACCCGGAGAGCCUCAGCGGUAAGAAGAAGUUUGCUGCGGCUGCCACCACCUCGAGUAACGACUCCAGUAAAACUGAUGUUAACGGGAACUGCCACACUGCCACCACAUUGAAUCCGACCACCACCGGUAAACUGGCCUCAAGUCCAAACGAAUCCAAACCGGAACUGCAUCUGGAUCUGGAGAAACGGGAUCUGAAUGGAAAUUUCACCACCAAACCAUUUCAUCACCACCACCAGAAGGUGCGCAGCUCCCCGGACCUGGAGCUGCCCUCUCCCCUUGCUGGAUUCACACAACCUGGGGUGACGGACCACCGUGACAUCCCCUCACCAUCCAGCACCCUCUCCAGCCAGGCACCCACCCCGGCUGUAGACAAGCCCCAUGGAGAGGAGAGGGAUGCUGGGCUGGGGACCCUCCACUUCUCCCUGGAAUACCAGCCGGAGAAAAAGGCCUUCAUCGUCCAUAUCAAGGAAGCCCAUGGCCUGACCCCGACUGAUGAGCAGUCCCUGACCUCUGACCCUUACAUCAAGCUGACCCUGCUGCCGGAGAAGAAGCACCGUGUGAAGACCAGGGUCCUGAGGAAGACGCUGGACCCCGCCUUUGACGAGACCUUCAGCUUCUACGGGAUCCCGCUGGCCCGAGUGUCGGAGUUGUCCCUCCACUUCAUGGUGCUGAGCUUCGACAGGUUCUCCCGUGAUGAGGUCAUCGGAGAGACCCUCGUACCCUUGUCUGGGAUCGACUUAUCCGAGGGGCGCGUGCUGAUGAGCCGGGAGAUCAUCAAGAAAAAUGUCAAGAAGUCCUCAGGUCGAGGGGAGCUGCUUCUCUCCCUGUGCUACCAGUCCACCACCAACACUCUGACCGUGGUCGUCCUCAAGGCUCGCCACCUGCCCAAGACUGAAACCAAUGGACCUACAGAUCCGUACGUCAAGGUGAACAUGUACCAGGGCAAGAAGCGCGUGUGUAAGAAGAAGACCCACGUGAAGAAGUGCUCCCCCAAUCCGGUCUUCAACGAGCUCUUUGUCUUUGAUCUGCCCUCCGAAGAGGGUUUGAGGGACACCAGCGUGGAGCUGCUGCUGAUGGACUCAGACAUGGGCACCUCCCGCUGCCCCAACACCGUCCUGGGGCGGGUGGUGCUGGGCACAUCGGUGGCGGGCACGUCUGGCGAGCACUGGAGGGAGAUCUGCGACCACCCGCGCCGCCAGAUCGCCAAAUGGCAUGGUUUGUCGGAGGAUUAGAAGGUAUCUGAUCUGGUCCAACCACGAAAGGGAUGGAUUGAGGAUGAAACACAUUGGACUUUCAGUGAGGGCGGGUGGGAAACAGGGGGA